AUGACCCACCACGGCGACCACCACGACGGCACUGACGGGCGCGCUGUUCCCGGCCACGUCGAGAUCCCGAACGAGCGCGCGGCCGAAGAGGCACUCAACUCUCCCACCGCGGUCGAGGACCCGAACUACGUCAAGGCAAUCUACAACUCGUACAUCGAGAACAAGAAGAAGCAGGGUGCCGGCACGGACGAGAUCAGCACCAAGCUCAACUACCUCGAGCUCAAGUUCCCGCACUAUGACCACAUUGCCGCGCAGGUCCGCGAGAAUGCUGGGCUGCCCAAGCGCCCGGAGUAA